AUGUCCGAGGAUGAUACUGCUGUUGUCUCGUAUUCCGUCCAAGGCAAAUUCGCGAUCGUCACCCUUAACAACCCGAAACGCCUAAAUGCCUUGACCACGCCACAGUUUGCCCGGCUGGCGGGCAUCAUGACCGAAAUCGAUGGCCUAGACCAAGUCCUGGUCACGGUACUGACAGGAGUAGGCCGCUUCUUCUCUGCUGGUGCCAAUCUCGCAAGUCGAGAACCCCAGACCGACCCGGACACGGGGCGACACUGGCUACAGACAUACGUGGCCAGGAACAUCUUCCUCACCGACGCUUUCUCUACGCACUCGAAGAUCAUCGUGGCCGCCUUGAACGGGCCGGCCGUGGGAGGCGGCGCAGCUGUCGCAGCCUUUGCUGAUUUCGCCUACGCGACGCCCCUCACGUACCUGCUCACACCGUUCGCCUCGUUGGGCCUGGUGGCCGAGGUCGGCACCUCGUACACGCUCGUCCAGAAACUCGGCAUAAGCCUAGCCAACGAGGCACUGCUCGUUGGGCGGAAGAUCUCGUCGGCCGAGCUGGUUCGGUGUGGCUUCGUCAACAAGAUCAUCCCGGCAGACGGCGAGAUGUUUUUACCGGCCGUCAUGAAGGAGCUGAACGACCAGUUUGGGCAUCAUCUCAACCUCGAGAGCGUGCUCUGCAUCAAAGCGCUCAUCAACAGACCCAGCCGCAAGGCCAGGGACAUGCAAAAUGUGUCCGAGGUAUUUGCAGUGUGGCGGCGACUGACCUUGGGCGUGUUCGACCGAGAAGUUGACCGGAUGCAGUCGGGGCAGAAGAGACACAAGAUGUGAUGGACCAGGCAACGUUGUGGUACCAGAGGAGCCCAGCUUCGUCUCCGUCACACAGUGAAACGAGGUGAUAUCUGGCUCGGCUGGCGGUUAAC